UGAAAUAGACUAAAAAAUGCAUGGGUCUUUUUGUCAUUUCCUCUAGAGCUUUAGCGUCUUUGUCAAGAAGUUUAGUCAGCAUUGGAUUUGAUUAAAUUUAAAGCUUUUGUUUUUGUGCCAAAACACUCAACACGACCAGAUAUUAUCCAACCAACCCCGCCAUGGCAGGGGCAGCACCGGCGCCGAUGAUUCUUCUCCUUCUGACGGCGGCGUUCUUCAUUCAAGCUCAAACAAAGCUCCAAUCAAGUGGUGAAUCGUUCACCUCUGUCGAAAUUUCCCAAAAGGGACUUAAUUUUGUAAAGGACUUGCUCGUUACCAAGGCGAUUUCUUCCAUUAUACCACUCGAACUUGCUCCGAUUAAGAAGUCCAUGAAAAUACCAUUUUUGGGUGGCGUUCAAAUGGUGUUAUCGAACAUCACAAUACAUGGAAUUGAUGUUGGAUCAUCAUCGUAUGUCAAGCCCGGCGAUACGGGAAUCGCCAUUGUUGCUUCCGGGAUAACUUGUAGUUUGACCAUGAAUUGGCGCUAUAGUUACAGUACUUGGCUUUUUCCCAUCUAUGUUUCAGAUGAAGGAAGUGCCUCAAUUCAGGUUGAAGGCAUGGAAGUUGGGCUUACUUUAGGUUUGGAGAUCCAAGAAGGAACGCUGAAGCUUUCACUUUUGGACUGUGGAUGUUUAGUUAAAGAAAUCUCCAUAAAUUUGGAUGGAGGAGCUUCGUGGCUUUAUCAAGGGUUGAUUGAUGCCUUUGAAGAAGAAAUAGAGUCUGCAGUGGAGAAUGGUAUCACCAAGAAACUCAAAGAAGGGACUUUGAAGCUUGAUUCAUUUCUGCAAGCUCUUCCAAAGGAAAUUCCAUUGGAUGAUAAUGGUUCUCUGAAUGUGACACUAGUGAAUGUGCCUUUACUGAGUAAUUCUUCCAUUGGGUUUGACAUCAAUGGUUUAUUUACUUCAAGUAGAAAUGCCCCAGUUCCUAGAUAUACUGAGAAGAAUUCACAAUCUUUGAGUGCUUGCGAGGAUCCACCCAAAAUGCUCGGAAUUUCAUUGGAUGAGGCUGUCUUUAACUCGGCAUCUGCCUUAUACUUCAAUGCAGAUUUUAUGCGGUGGAUUGUAGAUAAAAUACCAGAUCAGUCUCUUUUAAACACUGCUGGAUGGAGAUUUAUUAUUCCCCAACUGUACAGGAAGUAUCCCAAUGAUGAUAUGAAUUUGAACAUUUCCUUAUCGUCAGCUCCUGUCAUAGUGAUCUCAGAUCGUGGUAUUGAUAGUACUGUGUAUGCAGACCUGAUAAUUGAUGUCGUGGAAGCAAGUGAAAAAAUUACUCCAGUUGCAUGUAUCUCAUUGGUGAUUCGUACCUCUGCUUCAACUAAAAUUAUAGGGAAUAACCUUGCUGGGAGUGUGAGAUUGAACGACUUCACAAUGUCAUUGAAGUGGAGUAAAGUUGGUAAUCUACACUUGUAUCUUAUACAGCCUGUGAUUUGGACUUUUGUUCAAACUGUCUUCUUACCAUACACCAAUGGAAUUCUCGGAAAAGGAUUCCCCUUACCAAUCAUUCAUGGCUUCACCCUGCAAAAUGCCCAACUAAUCUGCUCAAACUCAAGAAUUACAGUCUGCAGUGACUUAAAUUAUACAGAUAGUUUGAAGCAAAUCUCACUCGUCUAAUCUAUCUCUACUCCUAGUCUUCUCCAAGUGUAUAUAAACACAUGAUAAUACAUCAGCCCGUUGAAAUGCAUAUGGAACGAAAUGAAACAGCCAAGGAUUACCUUUCAUUCUGCUGUACAGUCUUGUCUUUGUAUGUGCCAACACCAACGAUCUCUCUCCCUCUUUCUCUCUCACACACAUUUUUCAGUUUUUCUCCUUCAAUUAUUCUUUGAAGAUUACAGAAACGCUAGCAAACAUGUAAUUUAUCCUUAUCAAACGUAAGUUUGUCAGUCAUUAAUACCUGACAAUUUGCAAGUAUGAAAGUAAACCCCACAAUUGACCAAGUUUACUAUAUAGAGAGGCCAUAAAAAUUAGCUGAUUCAAAA